AUGGCUUUCUCAUUUGGUGCAGCUGCUGCACAAAAGCCGGCGGGUGGCUUCAGCUUUGGAGCCGCCGCGACGCCCGCAGCACCUGCGUUUGGCGCGGCGCCCGCGCCCACGCCUGCAUUUGGCGCGCCCAGCACCAGCGCAGCACCUACGUUCUCAUUUGGAGGAGCUGCGGCAACACCCGCGGCGCCGGCCUUUGGCGCUCCAGCGGCGACACCCGCAGCACCGGCCUUUGGCGCCGCGGCGCCCACGACGACGCCCGCGUUUGGCGCCGCAGCCACACCGGCAGCGCCAGCCUUCGGCGCCACGGCCACGCCAGCCGCGCCGACGCCCGCGGCUCCCGCCUUCUCUUUUGGCGGCGCCGCGGCACCGACGCCGGCGUUUGGGGCACCUGCUAGCACUACUACGCCGGCGUUCGGCGCCCCCGCCGCGACGCCCGCGGCACCGGCUUUCGGAGCUGCCGCCGCAGCCCCCGCGCCGGCAGCCGGCGCGUUCAGCUUCGGCGCUCCGGCCGCGGCCGCGCCGGCGCCUGCUGCGGGAGGCUUCAGUUUUGGCGGAGCCGCACCCGUGGCGACGCCCGCGCCCACCGCAUCGUUCGGGGCGCCAGCGGCGACGGCGCCGCCGACGCUGUUCGGCGGUGCGACCCCCGCGGCAGCGCCCGCGCCCGCCGCGGCAGGCUUCAGCUUCGGUGGCGCGCCCGCCGCGACCCCGGCUCCGACCGUACCGUCCUUCGGCGCGCCCGCAGCCGCGCCGGCGCCUGCCGCGACGCCCGCCGCCGGUGGCUUCAGUUUCGGAGCCCCAGCAGCAGCGGCCCCCGCGCCCGCCGCGGCGGCGCCUGCCGGUGGCUUCAGUUUUGGCGCGCCCGCGGCGGCGGCCCCCGCGCCCGCUACGGCAGCGACGCCGGCCGCCGGAUUUAGCUUCGGCGGCGCGGCACCUGCACCGGCGCCCGCAACCGCGGCGCCCACGGCCGGCUUCAGUUUUGGUGGAGCCGCGGCCGCGCCGGCACCAGCGGCAGCGGCGGCGCCCGCGCCCGCCGCGGGAGGCUUCAGCUUCGGCGCCCCUGCAGCGGCAGCAGCACCAGCGCCCGCUGCGGCGGCAACGCCAGCCGCUGGAGGAUUUAGUUUCGGAGGCGCGGCUCCCGCACCGGCGCCUGCCGCGACCGCGCCCGCGACGGGAAGCUUCAGUUUUGGCGGAGCCACCGCGGCCGCGCCGGCAGCGGCCGCCCCCGCGCCCGCGGCAAAGGGCGUCACUUUCGGCGGAGCCACGACUGCCGCGCCGGCGACGGCAGCAGCAAGCUUCGGGGCCACAACGACGACAAUAACCCCGGACGCCUGCCUCCGCGCCGUCGUGACGCACUGCGCCUCACAAGAAGCGGACGCCACGACGGCGGCGUGCCUCGCGCUCGAAACCGGUACUGUCAAAAGCGAAGCCGUCGCCGCCUGCGCUAGCGUCGUCAAACCUACGCCUACGACAGAACCCAAGGCCGCCGUCGACGCGCUCGCGAAGAAGAUUUCGCAGGGGUCCACGGUCUUCGGUCCCGUGGCCCACGAGAAGGUCGCCCGGACGCUGGCGGCGUGCAGCUGCGCGGCGCAGUUCGCGACGGGCGCCGCGUGCGGUUUAGAUGCUGUUUCUUGGGUCCUCGCGGCCGCGGACGCUGCGACGGCGUCGCUGGCCGCUUUAGACCGGCGCCACCUCGUCGAGGCGGCCUGUGGUCGCAUCGCGGCCGUCGAGGCGCGCUGCUGCCGGGCCCUCGGGGCGCUCUGCGCGCGCGGUUCCGAUAUUGUUGGAGGCGAGGGCUGGGCUUGUGACGUCGCGGCUCUGGCGUGCCGCGGCCGCGUCGGCGACGCGCCGGCGACGCAAAAGGUGUUGUCCGGCGAACACGCCGGCGCCCUGCACUGGCGGCCCCCCUCGUCCUUACAGGAGGCCUGGCGCGAGUCCGUCACCGAGGCGCUCGCGGCGUCACCAUCCCCGCUGCGGACUGCCCUCACGAAGACGGGCGACGCGUCAACGGCCGUCGCGAACGCCGUCGCGGCAUCGCGGCGCGACGCUUCCUUGUUACCGCUGGCGCUGUUAGCUGCAUUGGAGUGGGCGUCCCCGGACAUCGCCGACGCGCUCGCGAGAGACGCGCUGACGCCCGACGGCGCGUUGAUACUCCUGGCGUGCGCGACGACGGACGACCACCGCAAGCGCGCCGCCUCGCUGGGAGCCUUCCGGAAGUUGCUCGAGAUGAAGACAGAAGUUGCAGCGUCGAGGGUGGCGUCGAAAGCGCUUGAAACUAUAAAUGCGAGGUACUCCUUCGACGCCGGUGACGUGGCCUUCUUGGACGACCAGGGUGCUUUAGCUGUUGAUUUGGAGGCCAUUGCUCCUUUGAUUGAAGGCGAAACUCUGAAAAAGUUGUUUGGCGAAGCUAGAAGGGUCUUUCCGUUGGCACCAGCUCCACUACUUAGGGUAGUGGCCCACACAAGUGAAACGGCGACGGGCGACUUGAGGAAAGUACCGUAUGGGGCGCGACUCGCCGUCUGCACCGAGACUACGGCGCUGACCCUCUCUGAGGACGGUACACCAGCGUGGGCGCCGGCUCGCAUCGACGACGUCUCAAGAGCCGCUUCGAAUGACUCUUUACCGCCGGACGCAACCUUCACUAUUAGUUCAUCAAACGGUGCCGUGGCGCUCAAGGACGCGCGCGGCCAGCUCCACUCCCCAAAACUCGCGGAACUUGUGGUGUGCGUGGGCGGCUGCGAUUCUCUAGUAGGGGGCCGCGUCCCGGCCGGUGCUGUUGGGGUCGUGGCCUGCCACGGCGGCGAGAAGGACACGCCCUUUGCCGUAAGGUGGGACAGUGCUCCUAGAUCUGUAAUAGCGGCGGCCGCGGCGUUAUGUGGCGACGCCGGCGCUUCGGACGACGCGGCUCAGAGUGCCGCAAGGGUGCUCGCCUCCAAAAUUGUAUCAUCUCAGAACGAACUGGCGCGGCCCGGCGACGCCGACGCGCCGUCACCCAUCGACGCGCUGGCUCGGCGGGCGUCGCUCGGCGGUCCCGGCGCCGCCGUCGCUGCGAAAGCCUUCGUCGAGGCGCUCAGCGGUUCUACGGCGAGAGACGCGUCGCGGGCGUUCCUCGGGGCUUCAGGACCGUUUUCGCGCGGCGCGUCGGAGUGCGUGCGCAAGGUCGACAUCGACGGUGCGUCGGCUCUAGCAAAUGCUCUCGCCGCGGCGGCGACGUCGUCCGUCGACGCGGCGCCGUGCUGCGCCAUGUCAACGGAUGCCAGUCGGGCGGCGCGCGACGUCGUCGGCGCGCUCGUUUCAUUGACUGCGAAAGUCGCCGACGCUUCUACAAAGGACGACGCGGCGCUCGAACCACUCUCAAAAUGCGCCGAGGCCUUGGCAAAAGUGGCUUCCGAAGGCGGCGAGGCGCGCGCCGCUUUAUUGGACGAUGCGCGGACGCCGCAGCUCCUCGCGACCAUGCUCGCGUUACCGUUGAGACGCGCGCCGGGCGGCACGUCCACCGCCCGGGCGGCGGCCUUCGCCGACCACGGCGACGCUGUAGGAAGGACGGCGCCCCUCCGGGCCCUAGCUCUCCAUUCGUUGCGAGCAUCAAAAGAGUUCGCGACGGUGCCCGCGACGCUCGCGGCCCUCGCCGCGGCCUACGUCCGGCACGGCGGAGAUAUUGGAGGCGCCGCGUGUGCGACUAUAUGUAGAGCCCUCGAGCGCGCGGACGACGCCUGGUGGUGGCGGAGCGGCCCGCCGGUGUUGGGGGAGCGCCUGCGGGAGCCGGCGACAUGUAGUUCAGCCUUGAAGAUGGUGCGCGCCGUCGUGAAGUGGCGCCCGGACGCGGCCGCGGCAUUGCUGCCGGUCGACUGCGGCGAGGCCUGCGUCGCGGCCUCAAAACAUCAGAUGAAGCAUGCCAUAGAGCUCUACGUGGCGUGCGCGGAGGCGGCCCACGACUCCGGCAAGCGGAUUAUGGAGAAGCUCGGGGGUGAUGCGGCUUUUGUGGAUGGUGUGCUCGCAUCGGAUGCUUCCAUAGCCUGGCGCGCGCGCGCCGCCUUGGCCAAGACGUCGGACAAGGUCGCGGCGGCGCCACCGCCCUCUUUAGAUAGAGCGUUCCGCUGCGACCUGCGGGUGGCCGACGUGUCCGCGGCCGCGCGCGCGCCGCCCGGCGAGCGGACCGAAGGAAACCAGCGCUACGCCGUCGACGCCCCGCGCCACUCUGAUAGAGAGGCCUCCGCCGGGCGGGACGGGAUGCAAGCGAGAAAGGCCGCCGAACGGGCCAACGCCGCGUGGACGGCCGCCGCGGCUUGUGUGGACGCGGCGUCGCACGCCGCGGCUCUAUCAAAGCACGUAGCGACUUGUGCUGAGCCCGUGUCGCGACAGGCAUCUGAAGCGUUAAGCGAGCGCGGCGCCAUCACGGCCGCAUUAAUCGCGUCCGUCGCGGACGACACGGAGACUGCUGGUAAAGCGGUGAGCGGGGCGGCCUGCGCCGUAUGUGUGGAAGCUCUGAGCUGCUGCGGCGACCUCGACGCGCUCGCGAGCGUCGCGGGGCCGCUCGACGCGGCCGCGAGAAGGGCGGGCGCGGCGGGCACGGCGGCGUUAUUAGCGUGGGCCGUCGCCGUCGCCGCCGCGGCGCGGAAGGGCCCGCCGUCGAAGCGGGAUUGUCUCCGGCGCAUCGCGGGCGUCGCGCGCGACUGUUUAAGGGAUGCGACGGGCGAGCUGCGCUCAGCGUGCUGCGCCGCAAUUGCUGCUUCUUUACGAUUGGACCGGGCGUCCCAAGGCUCUGGCGCCGGCGCGGCCGCGGAGCUCGUACUAGGAGUUCCGCUUGCAGAAUUACUCGGCAAGUGUCGCGACGCGACGUCAAGAGCCGUGGAGGCGGCCGUGGCCAGCGCGCUGGACCACGGCGCGGCCUGCGAGGUGCCCCUCCGGGCCUACGAGGCCGUCAUCGCGGCUUUGACGCAGGCGCAGCUCGCGGCGCCGCUCGCCGACGACAUUGCGCGGGACGCGUUCGCGCGCGCGGGCCGCGACGGCGUGUGUCGUUCCCUGGCGCGAGCUAGGGCGUCUUCAUCCGAAGUCGCGACGAAGCUCGCUUUACGCCUCGCGCCGCCCUGGCGGUCCGCCUUGCGAUUGGCCGCGCGCGCCGUCGACGCGGGCGCCGACGUGUGCCAGGCCGCGGCCUUCGCGCGGGCGCGCGCCGCGGACAACUACGGCGCGUUCCGCGCGCUCGACGCGAUCGGCCGCGACGCCAUCGCCUCCACGUCCAUCGCGGACGCGGCCGCUGCCUUAGAUGUCGUGAGCGCGCUGUCGCGGAAAGCCGUGGCAUGGCGCCGGGCCGACGCCGCCGGCGCCCGGGCCUUUGGCGCCGUCUGCGUUAGUAUAGUGCGGUCGGCCGCGCGGCGGUGCCUCGCCGCGGACCGGUCCCUGGCUGUGGUAAUAACGCCGCACCACGCCUGGCAGUCGCCCUCGUCGCCGCGCGGCCGGCGGUCGUCGUCGGGCCCCGCGCCGUCGCCGCGGUCCGGCUCGCCGCGGAAGCACUCGUUCGGCGGCGGCCAUGUUCAUGAGGUCGACCCCGUCGCCAAGGCCGCCGCCGAUCAGCUGAAAAAGCUCGUCGCGCCGGCGCUGGGCGCCGCGCGGCGCCUGAGCCACGAGCCCCGGCCGUCUCCCGAGAACAGGUCGUUGGCGGUCGGCGACCGCGUCGACGUCGCGGUCGAGACGCCGAUGACGCCGCGCGGCGCGCCGGCGGCGAGCGGCGUGGCGCGGGUUGGUGUCGUCGAGGCGCUCGACGACGCGUCGGUCACCGUGGCUUUUGACGACGGCACGCGGGAGAAAGUAGUGAGGCGCCUCGUUUCAUUAAGAGCGCCGCCGCCGUCGUGCGCGUUCGCGCCCUUUUCGGUGGGCGAGGUCGACCAGGACGACGCCGAGCUCGCGCCGCCGUCGGCGGGGCACCUGGAGGUAUUAUUGCGCGCCUACGCGAAGGACCCGACGCCCGCGGACGCCCUCGCGCGCGAGGAGGCCUGCGUCGCGCUCGUGCAGUGCGCCGUCGCCGACGCGCGGGCGCGGCCGACGGCGCACUCGCGGUCCGAGGCCGCGCGCAAGGCGGAUUUGAGAGCGGGCUUGGCGCGGCACCUCGGGCCGCCGCCCGACGGCGCCGUCGCCGACGAUGCUCUCCGUGCGGCGCUGCGGAACGCGUGUAGCGACUUGUUGGCCGCGCACGAGCGCGACAUCGCGUCGCGGACGGCUCCGGGGACGUGGCGGCGGUCCGGUUCGAGGACGGGGGCGGAUACGGGUCGGAUGAGCACUGGGCGGUGA